GACAAUCAUGUAAAGUUGCUUGAUGCAUAAUAAGUAUUUGGUGCGCAGUUCCUUUUAAGUCAAGCUCUUCGUGAUGCCUUUCUUCACAAGUUCUUUCUUCUCGUGUCUUUUGGGAUGAAAGUAGCAUCUUAAUUUUCUUUGUUAAAUACUUCAAGUGACUUGUUCCUUUGACAAACUUUUGCAAAGUUUUGAACAUAUACACAGCGUGGAAACACUCAAUAUCCGUCAUUUUCAAACAUAUCAUACUAGAUAGCACUUCUCGAUAUCGAACUUGCUUUAAGUCAUGUCAAACAAACCUGGUGGAAAGUCAUCUGCCCCUUCUCCUGUUCGUAAACCUGUAGCUUCGCCUAAGGACUCUCACACGGUACUGAAAAAGAAAUAUGGUCCUGUCCCGGGAAAACCGAAUGAUAUACACAGUGGGUUAACGCCGAUUGUACCGCACCUUACACAAUACGGUAUUGGAAAGCUUGAUGCGAGUACAUUAAGAAGGGAACAGCAGCAGAAAAAUGCGUUUUAUAACUUUACAGCGAAGCAAUUACUUGAUUUGGAUGCGAAUAUAACGUCGACAAGAUCUUUGAAAGAAAGCGAUUUGAACGUUCCAAUACUACCCUGCUUUGCAAGAAACCGGUGGAAAACUAAUGGCAAACCAUUUCCUCUUGGUGAACUGGGACCUGGAAAAUGGUUUGCUAAGAACGAUGUUGUGUGGGAGUUAAUACAACCAACUCUCCAACUUGCCUCAAUGAUAUUAACAAACAUCCAGGCUGAUUUGUAUGAUACUUUACUUUAUGGCAAACGAAUCCCAAUCGAUCCUAAAAGAAUUCCUGACAAUCUGCCAAAGCGCGCCACACCAGAAUUUAUAAAGCAACUUUUUUCCACCCAGUCGAGAGGAUUGGCUCCAGGCGAUCCAGUUCUCCAAAAGAGCAAGAGGAAUCUCUUACAUGGAUUGUCACAGUUCACUUGGCUUAAAUUCAGAGACGCUGACGAGACCAUUGCUUUCAACGGCUGUACUAAAUUUGGAUUGGAGAAUGUUCCCGAUGGCAGAAGCCUUCUUGUUUGUCAUAUUAUUUUAAGUCAGGGCAACCUUGAACCUUUACUGCGUCCUGGUAUCACAGAUUCCGAAAAGCUGGCUUAUCAAUGGAGAGUGGCCGUAACACUCACUCAUGAAUGUUUUCAUGCAAUGUUCAACAUUGCCGACUAUAUCCGCUCCAAAAAGAAUGAAACACUGUCAACUUGGCGCGGGGGCUCGGAGCCGUAUUAUGAGGAUCACUCGAUUCAAGAGUGCGGCUUCUUGAUGGAGCAGGUUGCUCUUGGUGGUGUUACCCGUGGAGAGAGGAAUCCACCAGAAUAUUUAUAUCCUUCAAUUUCUUUUUUCUGGACCGAGUGGCCAACUGCAUAUUGGACGAACUACAUGACUAAUUUUAUAUUAAAAACCCCCAAUCUCAGACCCCGCUACAAUUUUUACCCGAUACCAGUAACUCAUUUCGAAGACGUUCACCAGAUGACUUUCUGGGAUGAUACUGUCAGAGCAUUUGGUACCAAGAUGCUUGGCCUUAGAUCCAGUACGGCGAGGAUGCAGGUAACUUCAAUUCCGCAUUUUCCUCAGGAAUAUAUUCUACGUGUGGAUGAUAUUGGAUCUAAGGGCGUCAAUUGGAAAGAUAAACAUACAGCUUUAAAAUUAAAGCAGAAUAUGAGCCCAGAGGAAAGAAAAGCUUGCAGUGCUGGAGACUAUUUAAUUAAAAGGGCAGAAUUGAAUGAGGACUUUUUCGUCAACAGCUUACAACAAUCGGAUCAAGUACAAGCUAUCGUCGAUUUUAAUAGAAGUCUAAAGGCAAAACUAAAAGCCAUCACUGCAGAGAAUUAUUCUACUCCAGGACAGGAGAUCAAACAGAUAGAUCCAGGGGAGAUCAUCAGGGAAUCCAUGCAUACUCAAUAUGAUCUGCUCAUGAAGGCUACAGAGGCUCACUGUGCAGCUGUUAACACUUAUUUCCAACUGGCUAAUUCUGGAACUGCUCCGGCCGAGAUCAAAGAAAAUUUAUUGAGUUUCAACCAAGGAUUUAGAGGAUUUGGCAGACAGAUUGCUCUCGAGUCCUGGACCAAAGAAUUGGCUCAAGAUUAUGAGAAAAUAGAUGAGAAGCUAGAAUUUAUGCGACAGAUGUUAUUUUCACCCAUCGAUCCAGACUGUCAUAAGUAUGCAGUAGAACAUAAGGAGUUUGGAGAGCUUGAAAUCAUUAUCAAUGCCUACAAACAAUUAAAUGAUGAACCUGAGUAUAUGAAACAGGUGAUUUCUCAAGGAGUGGCAGUCUUCGAAGAUCGAUUUAGAAGUUCCCGAUAUGGCAGGACAUGCGCGAAUAUCAUGAAGCUAGCUACAAGUGUAGCAACCGGAGAAGCUACAGACCCAUACGAAACACUUGAUCAACUCGACGCUAAGAUACAAGUAUUGAUAGCUUUGUUGAAUGGGGAAGAUGGCAAACGUUGUGCUACAUGGACAUCGACAUUGGAUGAUAUGAUUAAAAAGAUGAAGGAUAUUUCAGCAGACUUGUUUGAUGAGGUUCUGGCUAAGGGGGUAGAUGAUGGUCUUCAGAUUGAUUAUUAUGAUCCUAUGGAUGAGGAUGAUAUACCAACAGAUAAUGAUAUGGAUGAUGAUGAUCUGGAUCUCAUUACCGGUGAGCCUGCUUGAUGGUAUGGCAUCUAAAGAGAGCAGAUGCUUCUGUAGAGGAGACGUAUUUAAAAUUUCAAUUAUUUUUUCAAAACAUCAAACAGCCUGAAUUCCAAACAUAUGAAAAUUGACUGUGGUCUAUCUCGAAUUGCAAAGUUGUAACAUGCUCAGCAAGAUGCA